AUGUACUCAGCAACAAGACAAAGUUUUAAUGGGAACAAUAUCUUGAAACCCUAUGCUCUCACAAAUCCCAGAAGAUUCGAUCCAGUGACCCCUGCUGCGAGUAGCCCAUCAGAUUUUUCUAGACGACGUUCAGUGGGUAGAGAUUGUGAAGAAAAGGAGAACAAUGGAAAAGACCAAAACCUGAGGACUACAAAACUCCAUUCCUCAGCAAAGGGCUCCAAGCAUUUCAUGGCCCCAACAAUUUCUGCUGCUUCAAAGUUCACUCCAUCGCCCAGAAAAAAGCCCUUAGUCGAGAGAAACGACCCGUUACGAACCUCAAUCUCGUUAUCCGACGGGAAAGCAAUGUUCUUCUCUAAUGCUUCUGAAGAUUUAGAGCCCAAAUCUGACAUGAAGCAGAACAUCCCAGCUUCUUUGGACUUGAAUUCUGCAAAUUCAGGAAAAAUGGAGCCUUUUCAAGAAGCCCUUCAAGCUCCCAAGCCAUCUAAAAAAGUGACAUUUUCAGAUGUUCAUCAAGAAUCACUUUCAGAUUCAGUGAUAACUGAUUUUGAGUCUUUUUCGAAGGAAAAUAACAUUUUUUGCUCGCCCAUCUCGAUUCCAAUAGCCCCGCUCGAUGCUGAUCCAUCCGUACCCCCUUAUGAUCCGAAGAACAAUUUCUUAUCCCCAAGGCCUCAGUUUCUUUACUACAGACCAAAUCCCAGAGUUGAAAUUUUCUUGAACAAUGAAAAAGGAAUGGGUGGUCUUGAUGAGGUUGAGCAGAUAGAAGAUAACUUAAUGUCGGACGAAAACUUGUCCGAAAAUUCUUUAUCAGACUCUGAGGGAACAGAAGCUUAUGAGAAGGAUAUGGUGAUUGGAUUAGAGUUCUUCUCGGAAGUCAAUGAUGUCGUUCGUGAUUCUAGAGAUUCUGAGGAGGAGAAAUUAGAGGUAAUUGCCUCAUCAGAAUUGGUAGAUUUGAAGUUCCCAAAAGUUGUAAAUGGUGAUAUUCGAGUUCCUGAAGAAGACACUGAGAAGGAAAAACUGGAAGCAAUUGACGAUAUUCAUAACGAGAAAUCGAAUUUUGUCGAGAAGGGUAAAAAGAAACCAUGGAGGGUCUCUAGAUUAGUGUGCUUCUCUGUGGUUGGUAUGAUGAUGCUGUUAAUGGGCGUUGCAUGUGUGUCGUUAUCUGUCACGCAACAAUAUCCUUCGUUCGGGAAGUUUGGUUUUACUAAAAAAGACUUGGGAUUUUCCGAUUUGGCCAGUUUUUACCACCAGUCGAGAGCUGAAGCUGCGGCUGCUGCUACUAAUGCGAAAGUGAUUUUCGAUGAGGUUGCAAGGCGUGUGAAUCAGCAGCUCUCAGUUUAUUCUAUAAAUUUCAUGUCUAAGGUGACUGAUGAAGUUGGCAAAGAGGAAACUCAACUGGGCCCGUUGAAAUAUACGAACCUUUCUUCUGACCUGCAAAUGGAUUCUUGGGAGGAUUGCUCACAUUUUUUAAGUAAAACUGAGGUUGGCGAGAAUUUCACCGAGAAUGAUGGUGAAGAUAAUGAUGAGUUGUACGAAGAGUUGGAUGCUGAAAUUGAGAAUUUUGACGAGGAAAUCGAAGCUUAUAAAGAAAACAAUGAUUCCAUUGAGAACCUUGAGGAGGAACUCGAUACAUGGGGGAAUGAAAUGCCUGGAGUCAUAGUCCAUUAUGUCCAUGCAGAUCAUUUGGCUUCAAUUAUCUCACCGGAUCAAGAAAAUGAGGCUGAGGCUAAUACCAAAGUUAUUCCUCCCGAAACAAUAGAAAUCGAAAAAUCCAAUCUUGGCAGCAUUAAUAAUCAUGGUUUUGAUACUGCUUUGUUGGAUCAAGACAGCUCGUCUGAUGUUAGUUCUCUAACAGAAGGUGCCCAAAGUUUGUUUGCUUCGGAAAGCGAGUUUCUUACGCAUUAUUACGCGAUUGCCGUUUCUACCCUACUUGCGGCUCUAUUGGCAUUCGCUGCAGCCUAUUUCUCUCAUUACAGAAGAAAAAAUCCCAGUCUAAGUUCGGCCAAUAUCAUCCAAGUCAACAAUGUUAAUAACAGCAAGAUGAAGCAACUAGGGAAGGAAGAUGAUGAUGCCAUUAGUGACUCGUCGUGCCCUUCAGCAAUGAGCAGCUUCCAAAAGAACGCAUCAUCGCAUUUGGCAGAAGGAGCAUUUAUAGCCCUACAGGUUUAG